AUGACAACCUCAACGAAGGAGUCUUGUUUUCUUCAAUAUUAUUCAAGCUCACCGUUUGGAUCGUCUCUGCAGUCGCAGUGGCCGGAGAAUUUUUCCGGUGGCUGGGAUGAACUUCUUCUCAACUUCAAUGACUUUGAAGAAAUGGUUUGGGUGGAUAUGACGGCGGCCUCAGAUCAGUCCAAGAACUCCAUUAACGGCGUAAAGAAAGAUAAUCCAACAUCGGAUACUGGUAAACACGGAGAAUCAUCGAAGAAAAAGAAAGCUUAUAUAGGUGUAAGGAAGCGGCCGUGGGGGAAAUUCGCUGCCGAGAUCAGAGAUUCGACGAGAAACGGAGUUAGGGUUUGGCUCGGAACAUUCGACAGUGCUGAAGCAGCCGCUCUAGCUUACGACCAGGCCGCGCUUUCGACAAGAGGUUCAUCUGCGACGCUCAAUUUUCCGAUCGACAUCGUCAGGGAAUCUCUUUGGGACGUCAUGCGCCGAUGCGACGACGGUUGCUCGCCGUUGGUGGUGCUGAAGAAGAGACACAGCUUGAGGACAAGAUCCAAGAAUAAGAAGAAGAUCGUCGGCAAAAUAAACGAGGUUUCAAGGGAGACAAGACAACGACAAAACUUGGUUGUGUUGGAAGAUCUAGGAACUGAUUACUUGGAACAGCUUCUAAGUUGUUCAUGUUGA